GGCGGUGCUGGGCACCGGGAGCGUGGGGAAAAGCGCUAUGAUCGUUCGGUACCUAACCAAGAGGUUUAUUGGAGACUACGAACCCAAUACAGGAAACCUAUAUUCAAGACUUGUUCACGUUGAAGGCGAUCAGAUUUUCUUGCAAAUUCAAGAUACUCCAGGAUGCAUUGAGGUUCAAGAAGAUGUAGCACAGAUGUUGGACUCACUUUCCAGGUGUCUCAAGUGGGCAGAUGGAUUUGUUUUGGUCUAUUCUAUUACAGACUACCACAGCUACCAGUCCAUCCGACCCCUCUACCAGCACAUCCGGAAGAUCUGUCCAGACUCUAAAAUCCCUGUUGUCGUUGUAGGCAACAAAGGAGACUUGGCUCAUUCCAGACAGGUAUCCGUGAAUGAUGGCCUACAGCUGGCAAAUGAACUGGGCAGUGUCUUCUUAGAAGUCUCUACUAGUGAUAACUGCCAAGGUGUGUGUGAUGUAUUUCAGUAUCUUUGCAAAGAAGUCAGCAAAACUCAAAGCAGUGUCCAUGGAGGCAAAAGGAGAUCUUCCAUCAUCCCUCGGCCCAGGUCGCCAAACAUGCAAGAUCUCAAGAGACGUUUCAAACAGGCUUUGUCUUACAAAGUGAAGUAACCCUCUGUUGCAAGAUCACUUCCUACUUGAACAGACUGUGUUGUUGUUGUUUUUUUUAUAAAGUAUAUAUUUAUAAGAAGAUUUUAUUUUUGUAUUGAUUCUGUUUGUGUGUGCAUUUAAAAGUAUGCAACUUUUCUGCAUUACUUUUGUAUUACUGCACCACUUAGGAUUGCAUAAAAAUAAGCUUGCAAAAAAUACUGAGCCCAAUGGCCAAAUCUUAUGUUUGAUGGUUGCUUGCGAUUUAAAUAAGGGCGGACAUGGGGUAGUGGUUAGAGGGUUCUGCUAGGACCUGGGAGACCAGAUUUCAUAUCUCCGUUCAACCAUGACAUUUGCUGGGUGACCUUGAACCAAUCUCAUUGUGUCCUUCCUUACAAUGUUGUGAGAAAAGGAGCUGUGUACACUGCUUUGAACUCAUAAGAGGAAAGGCAGAUCAUGUGUAACAAAUGAAUAGAAGUGUUUUAGCUAUCAGUCAUGAAAUGGCUUUAAAUCCCAGUAUUUCACCAAAAUGGCAGACUUUCAGCCAUUUUUUUCUAAAGCACCCAUUGGGGACCAGAUUAAGACAGACUGAGGUCCAAAUUAUGUGUAGUUUAAAGGCUUCAUGCCAUUGCCAAACAAAUAUGUGUAAUGGUUGUUGUGGGUUUUUCGGGCUCUUUGGCCGUGUU